ACACCGGCCUCUUCUGCUUACAUUUUAAUGGCGCACAUCACCAUAAACCAGUAUUUGCAGCAAGUACAAGAAGCCAUUGACAGCAGAGAUGGACAGUUUUGUGCAGAAUUGGUAUCAUUUAAACAUCCACAUGUUGCAAACCCAAGGCUACAGCUUCCAUCUCCAGAGGAGAAGUGUCAGCAAGUUUUGGAACCACCAUAUGAUGAAAUGUUUGCAGCCCACUUAAGGUGUACUUACGCUGUCGGAAACCAUGACUUUAUAGAAGCAUACAAAUGCCAAACAGUUAUUGUUCAAUCUUUCUUGCGAGCGUUUCAGGCACAUAAAGAGGAAAACUGGGCUUUACCUAUUAUGUAUGCUGUAGCCCUCGAUCUUCGCAUUUUUGCUAAUAACGCAGAUCAACAACUAGUGAAGAAAGGGAAAAGCAAAGCUGGCGACAUGUUGGAAAAAGCAGCAGAACUGCUGAUGAGCUGUUUUCGAGUCUGUGCCAGUGACACUCGAGCAGGCAUUGAAGAUUCCAAAAAGUGGGGCAUGUUGUUUCUUGUGAAUCAGCUGUUUAAAAUUUAUUUUAAGAUCAACAAGCUCCAUCUAUGUAAGCCCUUAAUUAGAGCAAUUGACAGCUCAAAUCUGAAGGAUGAAUAUAGUAUGGCACAGCGAGUUACAUACAGAUACUAUGUUGGACGCAAAGCCAUGUUUGACAGUGACUUUAAGCAAGCUGAAGAGUAUCUGUCAUUUGCCUUUGAGCACUGUCACCGCUCAAGCCAGAAGAACAAAAGAAUGAUUUUGAUCUACCUACUGCCAGUAAAAAUGUUGUUGGGUCAUAUGCCAACAAUCCAGCUCUUAAAAAAAUAUGACCUUAUGCAGUUUGCUGAAGUAACAAAGGCUGUGAGUGAAGGCAAUCUUCUCCUACUGAACGAUGCUCUGACAAAGCAUGAGACCUUCUUUAUUCGAUGUGGAAUCUUUCUUAUCCUCGAGAAGCUGAAAAUCAUCACGUACAGAAAUCUCUUUAAGAAAGUAUAUUUACUACUCAAAACCCAUCAGCUAUCUUUAGACGCCUUUCUGUUUGCCCUGAAAUUCAUGCAAGUAGAUGAUGUUGAUAUUGAUGAAGUCCAGUGCAUUUUAGCUAACCUUAUAUAUAUGGGUCACAUUAAAGGCUAUAUAUCUCAUCAGCAUCAAAAGCUUGUGGUCAGUAAGCAGAACCCAUUUCCUCCACUGUCAACAGUGUGUUGUUAAGUAUCGCGUCUUAUCCAUACGAGUACUUUUCAGAUACUCAGCUUGCCCUGUGGAGCUGCUCCUAAUCACCCCGAGAACAUUGUAAAUGACCUGGUUCAUGUCCAGGACUGGAAUACCAGGAACUGUUUGUGGCUCCUUUCCCAGAAUGACCAAGGCUGCCAGUGUUACAAAGUGCGUUGGAAUGAAACGCUAACUUUUCAAUGAUCGUUUCCACAGGCUUUCUAGAUCAUUCAAAGUAUUUCAUGAGAAAAUAAAGUGAAGCAUUCCAAAUUCCUUCCGAAGUACUUACAAGCUUUUAUAAAGUAUUUUGUGUUACUAUUUCUGCAUUUAUCUUUUAGAGAAGAGCAGUAUCAUCCUUUGUUACUUGUGUUAACCCAUUCUUCAGAGUGGAAAUGAUGUUUUCUUUCAUGGUUUCCAUUUUUUUUUGUAAGUCUCGUCAAUAAUCCUGUUGGUAUUAAAUAAUCUUUUCAAGCCUUCUCUAAAAACUAGAGAAGCGCUUGACACCAAAA